GGGCCAUCGAGGCCAAUAGAUAUCUACCUUUAGACCGUCCAGCAAAAAGCGCCAGCACAUGCGCAAACCCAAUUGACUACAUACCCAACAUCGCGCGCGAUACCUAUCUGUUCAAUAAAUCUUAACCCAUCAAACCCCAUACAAGAAAGGAAACGAAACAGCACCAGAAGAAAAACAAAGCAAAACAACCAAAAUGACCAUCCCUCUCGCCACGAUCUCGUCCUUCCGCACAACCUUCAACCCCUGGGCCCGCAGCGCCCGGCCGUGCCGCGUGCUGCUGUCGCUCCUGCGCAACCCGUCGACGGUCCCGGCGUCGAGCCCCACGCACAUCGACAUCAAGGUCACGCAGCUGCCGCGACACUCGACGCAGCCGGCCGAGUUGACGGUGGGCUUCAAGAACGGCAAGGAGAUUAGCAUUGCCGUCGGCGAGCGGCAGAUGAAGAUCGGGGAUGUUAUUGAGGAGAUUGCCCGUUUAGGGCGCGUGAUUGAGCGGGAGGAGUCGUUGAAGGGUUAAGAUCUUUCGUCUUGCAUGGAGGUGUUUUUUGGAUGGGGAAGAGGAUGGGUGUUAUCCAGGAGGAAGUUUCGAAGGUGUGAAUGUGGUUUUUGGGUUGUUGUUGCGCCAGAAGGGAUGGGGUUUUGAGGCUAUGGGCGACAUUGGGUUCUGUUGUGCUGCUUCUUGAGCACCUUGGGGAUCUUGAAUUUGGGGGAGGGGCUCAGGAUGCUCAAUGUUGUCGGUGGUGGAGUGGAUGUCUCUCGACUCGUUUGACUACCUACCUGUAUUAUCUAUCAUGUUGUUCAUGGGCAUGUGUAUAUACCAGCUAUUGACUUUAACUUUUUCUUUUCCUUGACUCAUUACCAUUAUCUCGCGAACUCACUUGUGG